AUGCGCGAGGAGGAGAUUGAGGCUGCAGAGAAGGCCAAACAACAAGCUAACAUGGCGACGCUUCCAGGUGACUCUGCCAAGGGUGCCAAGCUCUUCCAGACCCGUUGCGCUCAGUGCCACACCGUCGAGGCUGGUGGUCCCCACAAGGUCGGCCCCAACUUGAGCGGUCUCUUCGGUCGUAAGACUGGUUCCUCCGAGGGCUACGCCUACACCGACGCCAACAAGCAGGCCGGUGUCACCUGGGACGAGAACACUCUGUUCAAAUACCUCGAGAACCCCAAGAAGUUCAUCCCCGGUACCAAGAUGGCCUUCGGUGGUCUCAAGAAGGGCAAGGAGAGGAACGACCUCAUCACCUACCUCAAGGAGAGCACCGCUUAA